AUGGGCGACGUAGCGCAGUAUUAUCACGGGUCGCUGUACGCCUUCAACGCCGAUGCAGUGACCGCGAUCGUGACGAAAUUCGCACGUGCCGCCGACAACGUCGCGGUUCGAUGUUGGUACGAGCCUUCGCAGGAUUUGUUCGUCGUCGAGUGCCCGACGACUGUGGGAAGCGAUGCAAACGAAGUGCUGGAGCGAGAGAUAAGGGCUUAUGUCGAGAAGGAGCUGGCGGCCGCGGAUCGAGAGCAGGUACGAUUAUCUCACCGGACUCACGUAUCUAGACACUGACGGAGCGCAACAGAGAGCGCCCGCCAUCCAGAGAUUUGCCGACAGCGAGUUCGACGCCAUUGAUAACUUUUCGGCAGCCGAUACUGAACAACAGUCCUGCGUCAAAGUUACAACAGCCCCCGCCACGCAUCUGGUCAGAGCCAAAGAUCCUGUAAGCGGCAUAGUACACGCAUUGUCUCACCCUUGGACACAGCUAACAAGAUGGGCAGGACAAGAUGCUGAUCAGCGCGUUCCAUCUGCACGAGCUUCCUUUCCUGGAUCGAACUCUCGCGCCCCGUAGUCGGCGAGUCACAAAGCUCUUCAGCGUCGGCAUCACCUGGCGAGUGGUUCGCUGGGACAGAGACUGUGGCCAUGUGUUCAACGGCCGCAUCGGCGAGCCAAGGCCAGUCAAAGCGAAUCUGGAUCUCGAGAUGCCCGCAUUUGAAACGCUACAGGACGAGCGAGACCUGUCCACAGUCAGUGUACGUCUACCUUACAAGAAAUGGGAAUUCGAGGGCCACCCAGUGACAGUCGAGCAAUGGCGCGCGGGAAUGGGACGAACCAGACAAGUGUUGCCAGAUGAGAAGCCAGCUAUGCCAAAGGACGCGGAGAGAUUUAUGGCCGAUCACUCGAGUGGUUUGGUUCGUGCUCGAAAGGAUUCGUCGGACGAUGAUGAACGCAACGACAACUUCAAUGCUCUACUGUCUGGUCGUCGUGCGCCCGAAGAUGAUACCCAUUCGUCGAGCUCGGAGGCAAAGAGCAGGGACAGUGAGGACGAUGAGCACGAUGAGCACGAUGCGCCUGAAAUGUCUUUCCGUGAGCUGCUCCCGAAGGACAAAUACGAGACCUUCCCGACUUACGGGAGACAGUUCGCAAAAGUCGACUCCAUCGGUCUGACUGCAAACGCAAGGGACACCGCAGAGUGGGUGGAUAGACAUCAUAAAUCACAUGGAAAGAAUGGCCGACGACUAAAGAAAAGCGACGCGCUAACUUACAAGCCCUCAGAAGCCCCCGACGGGAAUUCGAUUGACAAGGGCGUGGAGUGGCCUCCAAUGGCUCGCAAGAGCCUGAUCUUUCGGGAAUCUGUGAAGGCUCCACCCGGGUUAUUGCCAGAGCAAGAUCUCCAUACUGUCCAAAAGGCAGCAAACAACACCGAGACCGACGAGACGCCGCGUCUGGUUGACUUCAGUGAGAACCCUCUGAAGGCGCAGGUCACACCCCAGCAAGGUUUCGUGAGACAAGCUAAGAGCCCGUAUGCUGCUCUGACUCCGGACACGCCCAUGGCUGGGAGCAGCAAGAGCGCGGAUGAUGAGAUCGUCGAACGUGUCAAGACAUUGCCAUCAGAUUACGGUAUUAAGCGCAACACAAUGCGUCAGCAAGCCCGCAGAAAGGCCAAAAAGGGAAAAAGCGUGGCGAAUGUUGCUGGCAAGUCCAGUACACCGAAUGUCGCGUUGCCUCUCCCCGAUCCCGUGCCAUCUCCUAAGCCGAAGCCGAAGAACGUCGAAGAGCGGCCAUUUACGGGCAUUCAGAAACACAUGCUGAAUGUACGUACAAGCAAGGAAGCUGCAGCACAGCCUGGCAUAGCGAUGACCACAUCUUCGCGCCAAGACCUAUCGUUGUCGGAGACAUCAUUCGAGAGUAUUACCAGUCCCACUCAUACCUUCGGCCAGUUUCUACAACAGACAGAAGCUCGCUACUCUGGAUCCGAGAGUGACAGCGAAGAUGGAGAGCCUGCCCUUCCGUUCAAGUUGGUGGCCCAUGUGGGAACACUUCUCACAACACCGAGCAACAAGGAAAUCGAAAACGGCACGAUAAGUGCCGGGCUUUUGCAACGUGAGUUUGCAAAGGCAUCGCAUACUGCAAGAGCAGAUUUCUUGACACGCUUGACGACUUCUACCUCGGAUGUCCACUACCUCCUGGACGCCACUUCGGACCAAGAUACCUUACAGAAGGAGGCUUUCUACGAGAUAUUCGUCCGCGCUACGACGGGCAGCAUGCUAAAGAUCACAAUUCCGUCAGGAGGGAAGAGCAACUUCUACGUCGAAUCUCACGACAAGGUGGUCCAAGAAGCAUUCGCCCAUUAUCCAAUGCACGUGUGGGAUCUUCGCUUUCGUGUUGUCGAGGCUGGUGGCGAGUGCGAGAGUCCACCUGCGCUGAAGGACUUGGUCCAGUCUCUGCAGACCGAUGAGGACGCUCCGUCCUUUCUAGGCAUGAUUCGGUCGGAACUCUUCACUGUGGAGAAGGUCCUAACGAAGCGGGUGUUUGCGCAGAAACUUGAGAGGGGAGUGGGUUUCCGCCUUACGCAGGUAUGAGUUUGCUGCAAACGCGGCCUGUCUAUGCCUUGUGCAAAGCUGCAGACUAAUCUUUCUCUAGGUCCAGAAUCUCUUUCUCGAAUCGCUCGAUGAUCAAUACCACAACUUCCGUGCUUUCGCGCUGUCGGAGAAAAGUAUGCUCGACAAUCAACGUGUCUUCUGGGAGGCUUGCUGGGAGACUGGAAAUCUGAGGAGUGCAGAGCUCCUUCAGGCAAAAGCUGGUGAGAUGAUGGGCGUCAUGGACAGUGUAGGUUUGGAGAACCAGGGCCCGCUCAUUCCAACGCCAACUGCAGAGGCGGAUGAAGAGGAAGACGAGGACGACCCUGACGAUUGGUUCUGGUAG